AUGAAAUUAAAUCUUCUUCUCGCAAUCCUCUUGACGCUUGUCGUUAUUUCCCAAGCAGCUCCUACAGGAACCAUUGAAGAAAGAGAUAAUCUUUUCCAAGAAGCUCCUUCAAGAACCAUUGAAAAAAGAAGCGAUUGUCCUCCUUACACGGAAGCUGCUUCAAGUUGUGUAUCUCAAGAAGAAGUAUCUUCAACUAAAAAAAUUCUACAAAGUAAAUAUGAUAUGAAUACAUCAGAAAGUUGA